CGUCGUUUGACAUUUUAUUAGUUAAAUACAUACAAUGGACCUUUAGAGACCAUCCUUAAAAUACUAGGUAUUGUGCAACAAUUUAAUCAAGCAGUAGUAGAUGUACCUCGUCUCUGCAACUGGGUAUUCCCUACUAUGAAGAUGCAAUAAUUAAGAAACAAUGCCGUAAUAUAUUAAAAGUGACAACUCCAUUGGUUCAAUGGCGCUUACGUCAUUAUAUUGACAAGUUGGCUUAGCUUCAUUACGAGUGCAUCUUUAUAUUGCGACAUAAUGUACUCGUGCAUAAGGACAUUACUAGUUGCACGCAGUUAUGGCAGUAGCUGUGAAAAAAGGGGUGUACAUAGUGGCUGGUAAGCGGACUCCUUUCGGCAAAUUUGGUGGGCUACUGCAAGAUGUCCUGGCUGAGGACCUGUUUGCCAUAGCAGCAACCGCUGCUUUACAAGCCGGUAAUGUGGCUGCUGAACUUGUGGACACCGUCAAUAUUGGACAGGUUAGCCCAGUAUCGCAAAAUGGAUUGGCCCCUCGGCACGCGGCGUUAAAGGCUGGUAUCCCUUCUGAUCGACCUGUACUCGGGGUGAACAAGCUAUCUGGAUCAGGGUUCAACGCUAUCAUUUGCGGAGCACAGGAAAUCCUAACAGGAUCAGCUCAGAUCACUUUAGCUGGUGGCAUGGAGAACUUAUCUUCCCUUCCUCUGCUCGUCCGGGAUAUGCGCUUUGGCAAUCCACUGGGGAAGUACUUCAAAGUCGACGAUCUUCUACACUCGGGCUUUUUCGAUUCGUACUGCAAUCUGUUUUUGGUACAAACUGCUGACAUUGUUGCGGCCAAGUUUGGAGUGACGAGGGAAGAGGCCGACGAGUUCGCUCUGAGAUCGCAGCGGAGGUGGAAAACUGCUGACGCAGCAGGCCUUUUCGAUGAGGAACUGGUGCCAGUGCCGGUUAAGCUGAAUAACCGUGAUAUUCUGAUCGCGAGAGACGAGUAUCCUCAACCAGACACGACGUUAGAAAAGCUCAGCAAAUUGCAACCUAUGUUUGAAGGCGGAAUCGCGACACCAGGGAAUUCUAGCGGUAUCAACGAUGGUGCUGGGGCAGUCAUCUUAGCUAACGAUGAAGCUUUGAAGACUCAUAAUUUGAAACCUCUAGCUCGGCUGGUGGGCUGGUCAUGUUCAGGAGUGGAUCCGAGUAUGUUGGGGAUUGCUGCCGCACCAGCGGCGCAAAACCUUCUAAACUGCACUGGACUGACCAUUGAUGAUGUGGAUUUAGUAGAGGUAGAUAAGUUGCAUAUAAAAGUUUCAGACCGGACUUGGCUUAAAGAAUACCUACAUGCUGACUUACAGAUUCACGAAACAUAUGCAGCCACAGCACUCUUCUGUGCAAGGCAACUGGGGGUAGAUGACAAUAGACUAAACGUUAAAGGAGGAGCCAUUUCUAUUGGACACGCAUUCGGAGCUUCUGGAGUUAGGAUAAUUUCACAUCUCACGCAUGAACUAAGGCGAAGAAGAUUGAAGAGAGCCUUAGCAACUACUGCCGUAGCCGGUGGUCAAGGCGCAAUUUUUUUUUCUUCAGGAGUAUAUGUUGUAGCAGCAAAACGCACGCCUUUCAUCAAAAUGGGCAGGAUGUUGAAAGACUUGCACCCAUCAGAACUGCUAGCUGUAGCGGCGAGGGAAGCCAUCAGAAGUUGUCAACUGGCCCCAGAUCUUGUCGAUACUGUCCAUGUUGGACAAGUAUAUACGAAUAGCGGAACAUCGGAUGGUUUCCUAACUCCCAGGCACUCCGCUCUGAAAGCGGGAAUUCCUCAUGACAAACCUGCUCUUGGUGUCAACAGACUAUGCGGCUCCGGUUUUGAAGCAAUCGUUAACAGUGCACAAGACAUAAUGCUCGGGUCAGCUCAAAUCUCUCUAGCAGGUGGGACAGAGAAUAUGUCAGCGAUUCCAUUCUUGGUGAGAAACAUCCGAUUCGGAUCUCCGCUAGGCCAAGCCUUGACUUUUGAGGACUACCUAAGGCACGGCUCCGUGGAUUCCUUUUGUAACUUUACUAUGGCUCAGACUGCAGAAAAUCUGGCUGAGAUGUAUAAUCUGACAAGGGAACAAGUUGAUGUGUUUGCGUUGAAGUCCCAGAUGAAAUGGAAAGCUGGUUUUGAUAAGGGUGCUUUUAAAGCAGAGAUGGUACCAGUGACCGUGUCACUGGAUGGGAAGCAGGUGGUGGUAGACAAAGACGACCAUCCAAGAGUUAACACUACGAUGGAAUCGCUCAGCAAACUGCCAGUACUGUUCAGAAAAGGUGGGGUCGGGACUGUUGGAAAUUCUACUGGUGUAAACGACGGCGCAGGAGCACUGAUAUUAGCAAGUGAGGAGGCAGUCGUACAACAUAAUCUGAAGCCGCUGGUCCGCCUGGCUGGUUGGUCUCAUGCGGGAGUGGAGCCCAGGAUCAUGGGUUUGGGACCCGUGCCCGCUGUACGGAAGCUGCUGGACGCUACUGGGUUAACGCUUCAUGAUAUAGAUAUGAUUGAGAUCAACGAGCAGUUCGCGGCUCAAGCCCUAGCCACCGUGAUAGAGCUGGACAUAGAUGAGGAAAAAUUAAACGUGAACGGAGGUGCAAUCGCUAUGGGGCACCCCGCUGCCGCCUCCGGGGCCAGGAUAGCGGCCCAUUUAACUCAUGAACUCAGGUCUUCAGCUCUUGUAGUUAAUGUAACUUUAAUAGACGAGGACAGUCUUUUCAGACAGACAUCGAGGACUAAAACGGGGUCUUGGGACAACGUGCAUUGGAGGUGGUCAGGGCAUCGCAGUAUUAUUGGAAACUGUUUAAACGCUUUGUUUAUCUUUUCUUCCUAACUAAAUCAGUAUUACCUAAAGACUAUUCCACUGUUUAUUUAAUAAAGUAGAAACAUUAUGUUCUUUGUACCUA